UACAUUUUUUUUCCUCUUUUUUUUCCCCCCCCUAGGCAAAAAUGGCUUCCUGGCUCGUGUCGACCACUGUUUGUUGAAGGAUUAUUUUUUUUUAAUGCAUCGCUCGCUCUUAUCUGCGGACUACGAGGCGUGUGUUACAGACAUGACCGUUGUUAACAGUGCGAUAUUAACAUUUUGCUGUGUGUUAUCCCAAGACUAAGAAAAUGAUGCAUCAAGUGACCUGUAGCAGCAGCAGCAGCGACUUCUGUAUGAGUGGACCUGCUGAGAACUGUCACCCGCCAGGCCGCUUCGAUUUAUGUAGCCUCCAAUCCAACAAGUUCUACCCGUGCUCCUCCACAAACUCUGGCUUGCACCUUUCAUUCGCAGGCAUGCCUCCAUUGCCACAGAACAUGCACAAGGUGAUGGCGGGACCCACACAGGAGACUCAGAAUGCCUUUCAGCUUCAGGCGCUGACCCCCAAUAGCGGGGAGGUUGCUGGGCCGGACGGCACCAAAAAAACUAAGGGCAAAGUGAAGUCGGGGAGGAGAGGCAGACCAUUGGGGACCACUAAGUUAGCUGGUUACCGCACAAGUACUGGACGUCCACCUGGGACCACGAGAGCUGCUGGUUUUAAAACCAGCCCGGGGAGGCCCCUCGGGACCACCAAAGCAGCUGGCUAUAAGGUGAGUCCUGGCAGGCCCCCUGGUAGCAUCAGGAGUCCUGCGAGGCUCAAGGAGCUGGAAAGUGGAGGCGAUGCACCCAAGAAACUCGACUUUAGUCCUACCAAACUGGACUUUACUGGCUGUGAUAUUCCGCUGCUUGCCUAUGCCAUGAUGGAGAAGAGAGACUUAUGUGAGCCUCCCGUAAAUUCAGAUGAAACCAGUUCGUAACAUAACAACGUGCAAAAAACAAAAAAGAUGAUACUCGGCCAAGCUUUUGUUCUCAUCACCCUGCCUCUAUUUCAAUGUACAGUUUAAUCUGUUGACAUCGUUUUUUUUUUUACCAAGAAGCACUUGGUAGAGCAACAUGCAUGUUCUUAUUUUGCUGGUUAAACCCAAGUCUUUAGUUGUGUUGUGAGCCCUCCUUGAACUUGUAGGACCAGUUUCUUGUACUAUUUUCUAUGUAGUUUGUUAUAAACAGUCAUAUGCAUCACCACA